AUGGCAAGCGUGUAUGGCUGCGCAUUUGUUACCGUCAUCGCCGCCAAUGCUGGAGAUUGCAGUAACGGCUUCUUUCAACGGUCCAUGGACAACAGCGGGGUCGUAGGCAAUCGAAAACACACCUUGAGUUUCUUCAAAUCCAGAGACGAGAUCAUCUCAUUCCAGGACGAGCCCAUCAAUGCCCGGGCUUGGACCCUCCAGGAACUGGGGCUCUCCCCACGCCGCCUUGUGUUCUCAACCAGUCGAACAGUUUUCACGUGCUCCCAGGAUUUGAAAACUGGUCAAGAACGCAACCUUUUCGGGAAGAGAAUUUGGGUUGGGCUCAAACCGGUUGUAGAUCUGGGCGAAUGGGGUCUGGUCGUGGAGAACUACAGCUCCCGGAACCUCACACAUUCCGAAGACAAGCUUGCGGCCCUCGCAGGGCUUGCUGAGAAGUUCCAUCACGCUUCCGGUGGCGAGCUCGGGAAGUAUGUAGCAGGUCUCUGGGAAGCGGACCUGCCUCAACAGCUUCUCUGGCGUCGUCGGAACCCAUUCAACCGCUACCAGAAAGCUGCCAAGAACGAGAGACCCGAAGAGUGGAGGGCGCCGACAUGGUCUUGGGCCUCCUUGGAUGGUAACAUCGACUACACGUUGAACGCCUUGGGAGUUAAAAGAUUCGACAGGGCAAUCGUGAUGUCAGUGGAUGCUCCACCAGCGUCAGAAGAGAAUGUGUUCGGAAAGGUAACCAGCGGCCAACUCACCAUCCGUGGCCCAAGUCUGGCGUCACGAACGGCGGAAGGACUCGAAAUCGGCCCCGUGCCGAACGAAGAAGGUCCAUCCACAUUGACCCGUAGAGGUCAAGAAUUCGUGACUGUCCAAUUCGACAUAGAAAGUGACGUGGACAAACUCAGUGAAUCGAAAACAGAACUACACUUUCUCGCCAUGAUCAACAGUCCCAAAGAGACGUAUGGUUUGGUCUUGAAAAGAAUGGGAGGGGACAAGUUUCAGAGAGUUGGUCUUUUCGUACCAAAGAACAGCUCCCAGUGGCUUCAGGAAAGCGAAACGGCUGUCUAUACUAUCGUCUAG